CAUUGUGAUGGUUUUCUGGAUCUAAGCAGUUCCAACUUUAUUCUCUCAACCUCAAUCGCUUCCUUCUUUCCACUGGAGAUUGUAUCGUAUUUUGUCCAAAAAAAAAGUCAGAGCUUUAAUAACUUUGUCGUGAUAUCCACCACUCAAGCACGUUGACGUUGGAACAGCUUGCUUCAUAUAUCACACCACCAGCAGCAGCAGCAGAAGAAGAAGAAGAAGAAGAAGGAAGAUCAUCUCUCUGGGAGGAUCAUGGGAGAAACAAACAGAAAGAAGGUCGAAGAUGUUGAGACUGUUGAUGUUUAUACAGCCAAAGGUCUGCUCAGCGUUGGCCAUCGUUAUCUCGAUGUCAGAACCAAAGAAGAAUUCGACAAGAGCCAUGUCGAGGACGCUUUGAACGUUCCUUACUUGUUCCUAUCCGAAGAAGGUCGAGUGAAAAACCCUGAUUUCCUUGCACAAGUGGCUGCGGUCUGCAAGAAGGAUGAUCAUUUAGUUGUGGGUUGCAACUCUGGAGGAAGAGCGAGUCGUGCCUGUGUUGAUCUUCUCAAUGAGGGGUAUAUACAUGUGGUUAACAUGGGGGGAGGCUACUCGGCCUGGGUAGACAGCGGAUUUGCCGGUGGAAAACCGGCGGAGGAGCUCAAGAUUUCUUGCAAAUUCCGCCCCACCGAUUAAGAAAAAUCCCCCCCCCCCCUUUUGAAAAAUGUUUGGUUCGAUAUUCUCUUCAUUGGACGGGUUUUCCUGUUUGAGUUGUAAUAGUUUGUGUGAUGUGUGUAUCUUGUAAUAAAGUGAGUCGUCUUCGUCACGCCAUGGGGUAAAAUUGGUCCAUGGGGGGGAGCGUGCGUAGCAGAAAUGAGAGCCUUUUGAACGAAAAGGGAAGCAUUUCCACAUCCCACAGGGCACGCUGAUGGUUGCAUACAUGUGUGGACGUGUGUGUUGAACACUGUUUAGUUGUGA